AUGGUGCAACGGGUUUGGACCGGUUGGGACAAUUCACUUUUCGCCACCGUACUGUGGAUUGAUCUCGCUUCCAGGUGGCUCUGGUUGAGCAUCAAUGCCCGGUGGACGUGCCCGGUGGUGGUGGCGGUGUUUGAGAAAUGGGGUGAAAUUGAAGUUGCUGGGGUUCACGGGGCUUUGUUUGAUGUUGUAAAGGGACGAUCCCUUGAUAAGUUUUUUAAUGAUCCGCUGCUUCGAGGAGUUGACACAGUGGAAGUUUUAUCUCACAUAGUCCAUGUUGAGUUUUUCGUUGCUGCUAGAGCAGACAAUUUUUAUUACCCACCAGAAUGGACCCCAAAAAAGGGUUCCUUAAACAAGUUUCAUGGUCAGCAUGCCUUGAGGGAGAGAGCAAGAAAAAUAGACCAGGGCAUCUUGAUUAUAAGGUUCGAAAUGCCUUUCAAUAUCUGGUGUGGUGGAUGCAACUCUAUGAUCGCAAAGGGUGUAAGGUUCAAUGCAGAGAAAAAGCAAGUGGGAAAUUAUUAUUCUACGAAGAUAUGGAGCUUUACCAUGAAGUCUGCAUGCUGCAAACAUGAGAUUGUUAUUCAAACCGAUCCAAAAAAUUGCGAGUAUGUGAUUAUUAGUGGGGCCACGCGGAAGACUGAGGAAUACGACGUUGAAGAUGCAGAAACCUUGGUACUCCCAGUUGAUGAAGAUAGAAGUAAGCUAGCAGAUCCUUUCUACCGUCUUGAACACCAGGAAGCGGAUUUGAAAAAGAAGAAAGAAGCUGAUCCGGUACUCGUACGCCAGCAGCGGAUGUCUGAUGCUAGGCAUUCAGAUGAUUAUGCCUUGAACAAGGCUCUUCGAACCAAACUUAGGAGUCAAAAGAAAAGAGUUGCUGAAGAAGAGGCUGCUUCCAGGAAAAUUGGACUUGGCAUUAGACUACUGCCACCCUCUGAAGAAGAUACCGCUGCCGCAGCUCGUGUUAGGUUCUCCUCCAAGUUUGAUAGAAAUAGGAAGGAGAAACGAGCAUUGAUAAACGCUGCUUCAAUUUUUCCUGUGUCAUCUGGAUCUUCAAAGUCCCAUUUGCAACGGUUGGAGUUAGAAUCCAAGAGAAGAAAAAUAAAUGCAGCCACAGCUUCAAAGUUGCUGGUAGGGGGUUUUAAGCCAUCCUCAUGGUCUCGUACUGCUGUUUCUUCUGCUGGGCGGAACAGGAUUUAAAGUUGCCUUGUGGUUUGAACCUUGUUGCCCUCCUCCUUGACCCAAAAAAAUAGAUUACCGCGGAAUGACAGUUUUCUCAACUUAUUAUCUGCAAUCAAAGAUUAUUUACAUAACCAUGAGUUUUAUCAUCUGAGUUCUCUCUCUACAUUGG